UGUAAAUCGCUUACCGAUUGCACAAAUCUGAAACUGUGUUUUUAAUAUCUAUAAAUAUUUAAAAAAAAAAUCCUCGACAGCUGUCGUCUAGUGUGUCAAAAGUGUUUUAGUGAAUAAUGGGUAAUCAUAAUACGCAUGAAAAAAGCGGGACGGAAGGCGGUGGUAGUGGUACUAGUACCCCCAGAGGGUCUACUAGAGGAGCUCGAUCAGGGUCUAGUGGUGAAUUGCAAGGCCAGCAGGAAAAAGUUGAGAGUCAGGCGACGUCUUUAGUGCCCGUGGAAAAACUCGGCAAGCUCCUCGCUCAUCGCUCACAGAAAGAAGAUGGCAUCAACGGCGUCACGGAAAAAUCAUUUACCAAAUACUUAUUUCCAAAAUACCCGGACCUCGCGCGACAGUUCUACAAUUAUAUACACAGGAGUGGGAAAUGUAAGAACAAGCACAUCCCGCUGUCCACGUUCAGACAGCAAUGCGAGAAGAUACUGGCCAUGUUGGACGACAGCGUUAUCAUCGAAACCUAUGUCAGAAUGUUCAGUGUAGACGCGGAAGAGGGUACCGUGACGCCGGAUGACCUCAGAAGUCUCCUAUACAUCAGCUACAAACUCUCGAUGGACCACUACCCUGAGGGACCGCAGACUUGCUUUAUGGUCAACAAAACGUUGACGGCGGUGCUCAGAGGCUGCUUCAACAACAAGGACUCCCACAGCGUCGGCUUCGUGGUGCGCUGGCUCGAGGAGCACUGCCACAGGCUCAUAUUCCCCGUUCACAGGUACUGCGUGCACGUGCUGGCCACGCGGCACCGCGACGUGGAGACGCUGGCGGCGCGCGCGGACGGCGACGCGCUGGAGCUGGGCACGCCCGUGCUGGAGCGCAGCGCGUGGGGCUCGCCCGCGCUGCCCGUGUCGGCGGCCUGGCUGCUGGCCGCCACGGCGCCGCCGCUCUACAGCCGCCCGCUGCGCGCGCCGCCGCCGCCCGCCGGCUCGGCCGCCGCCUGGCUGGCGCGCCUCGUGUGCGCGCUGCCCUCGCACUGGGCGCCGCUCUACGCCUCGCGCGAGCACGGCCUGGGCGCCAACCGCUUCCUGCACCACACGCUGGCCUACCGCGGGCCCACGCUGGUCGUGCUGGAGGGCGGCUCCGGCCCCGACGCGCUCACGCUCGUGGUGUGCGCGGCGCAGGAGUGGCGCGACACGCACCAGUACUGGGGCGCGCCCGACUGCGCGCUCGUGCAGCUCUACCCCACGUACGCGCUGGUGGAGCAGGCGCCCAAGAUGCUGUACCUGAACUCGUGCAUCCGCGGGUACCCGAAGGGCCUGCGCGCGGGGUCGGACCCGCGCAAGCCGCUGCUCGUCGUCAACGAGGGCUUCGACUCGUUCACUUUCAAGGGCGUGCCCUACUCGCUCGCCGCUAUCGAGGUAUGGGGUUGCGGUGAACAGUCCCUGAGAGACGCCCAAAUCGAAGUAAAAAAAUGGCAAGUGCGAGAAGCGGAGAGACAACGUCAGGUAAAGAUAUCUGCGGCAGACUGGAUCGAACACCCCGACCGGUAUCUCCUGGAGCUAGCUGGCCGACCGCAGUACAACAACUCCUCCAGCUAGGACCUAGUGUGGAACAAAGUAUAAUACUUGUUAACAAGACUUAUAAUUUUCUAGGAACUUUUUAUUUGAUUUUGAUAAAUAUUAGAAAUAAAAAGUUCCAUGGAACCUUUUGAAUUUGAGUGAUCUUUAGUGAAGUUUUUUGGUUUUCAAGUAGUUUUAUAUGAACUAGAUUGAGCCAAGCUAACACAAAUUUAGAAAUAUUUAUCAAAUACUAGGAAAUAAUUUAUUUUAAAUAUCAAGGCUUUUGUGUACUGCUUGGAAGUAUAUAGAAAUUGAUUUAUAUGUGAGUAAAUAAAAAAAAAUAAAGGUAAUCUUCACACUAUGUGUAAAAUAUUCAACAUCUAUGUCGGAAAAUAAGUUUAACAACAAGCUUCUAUUUCAAUACAUGUACUAAAAUAUAUUUACAAAAGUGAUGUUGUUGAUCAAGGACAAAAUAAAAAAUAUUUCAUAGAUCCAUUACUAGCAGGUUAUUGAACUAUCCUGGGAUGUAAUCAAACCUCUCACUUUGAGUUAUCGGAUGACACCCAAAAUAUAUCCUAGGAAAAUUAUAUUAUAAAUAGUGGAAUUGGUUAAUAAGUCAGCUGCAAUAUUCUCCCCGCACAUAAUAAUAGCUGAACUUAAAUAAAAUAUUAAAAUAACAACUUGUAAUACAUUCGGUGGUACUUAAUUUGAGUCGAAUAUUUAUUCUAUUCAUUAAUAGUAUUUGUUUCUCUUACUGUUCUUAUAAUAGAUAAGAUUAUUUUGAUUUUGCAAAUUAUAAUUAAUAUCAUUCCAUGUGCUAAGAAGGCCAAUAUCAAAAAACUUAUGAUAAUCAGAGUAGAAAUAAUGUUAUUUUGGUUGUUUUGUACCACGCCUUUUAGCGCAAUAUUGCUGUACUAAUAAUGUUACUCUUAUGUGGCUUUAUAUAAGGCCACAGAUCCGGAGGUUCAUUUCGAGAAAUAAAACCGUUGGUCAUGCGCCUGAAUUCUUUCCGGUCGCGUCGGUUUUACUAUUAUAUUAUUUGAUAAAUUUAUUAUAUUUCAAUAUUAUUUGGUAAAUGGCAGAAUGUGGUUUACCUUAAACUCAAAUAUUGUCUUUGUCCUGUUUAGCACCAGGUCAUCGCGUUGUAUUCACAUUCUUUUAGUUUUUUAUUAUAUAAGAUCUGUUUACAAUGGGUUGGGUCAAAUGUGACUUUAUGUUUUAAUUUUACUCUAGUCCGCGAAAUAAAACUCUUAUAUCAUAAAAGAAAGAUAUGACUUUCCUGUGUUUGACUUCUAAUUAAAAUUUAAGUUGCUCAAGUGAAACUCGGACUUGGAAAUUAUUUUUAAGAUAAGUCAUUUGUAUUAAAGACAAAUAUGAUGAGACUAAGCCUUAAAAUAUAUUUAAAAUUUUAAAUGCACAAAGUUGAUAAAAACAUGUCAAACUUUAUGUUAAAUUGUCAACUACAAUUUAAAUUAUAAUCUGUGAUUGUUAUGUCAAUGGCGUAACAGAAUCAAAAACUGUAAUCGCAAUGGUAUUUAAUAGUCUAAUCAUUAGAUUAGAUUAGACUCUAAUGGUUUACUUGAUUAUUAAAAAAAGCGUCUUUUUGCGCCAAAAAUAACUAAAGAACUACUAACUUUUACUCAUUGUAAUAAAUGUUAGUAAGGAAAAAGAGUUUUGUUCCUACAGUGUUUUUAGCCAUAAUGAAAAGUCACUAAAAUUUAAAUAUUUUUAUAUAUUAUAUUUGUAGCUGAUGCUUUAUACUUUAUAUUAGAUAGUUAAAGACAAUUAAUAUUACAUGUAACAACAUGCAACACUAAAAAGUGUGUCUGAUUGUAAAAUAUUAAACAAGAAAAUAUAAAACAACCAUCAAUAUUACCCAGAACAAGUUAUUUCUGAAAUUUAUAUUCAAAUAAUAAAAAUGGAUUGAACGUGUUAGAUAUUCGUAUACGUUAAAAAGAAAAAAAUAUGUAUUAAUUUCAUAGAAUCAUAAUUAUUGUGUGUUAAUUAAAUAUCUCAGAUUAAAGUAUAUAUUAUAUGAUGAAUUGUAUUAGCUGUUUAUUGACCCUGAUAUGGACUUCAGUAGGAAUAUAAUUAUUAAACUCCAAAAGGCACGGGCGAAGUUGCGUUACUAAAUUGAAUUAUAUUUAUAUAGUUACUACGUGUAGCCGGAUCUUAGCAAUUGUUUUUUCUUUGAAGGAAAAUUUUUGGAAUGACUUAAACCAUAAAUAAGGUUAUUUUUUACUGAUUUACGAGGAAGAGAUUUACAAAAUAUUUAUAUUUUAAAAAAAAUAUUCAAGCAUAAACAACCUUAAAAUAACUCAUAUAGCGUCACAUAUAUAUUUUAAAUGUAACAACGCAAGCAUACACAAUUUUUUUUAAUAUAAUUAUAUAAUGUAAAAUAAUAAAAAAAUAUAUAUAAUUUUUAAAAAUGUAUGUUUACUUCUGAGGACCAAUUUUGUUCUUGUGAAAAUGUUCUCUUCAUUUUUAUUGCUUCUGCACCUUUUUUUAAUUUUAACUGUUGCUUUAUAUUAUGGAGAAUAAAAAAAAACUGUCAAAAUAUUAAUCCAAUUAAAAAUAUAUACUUUGCUAGUUAAUUGUAUAAUAAUUAAUAAUGCUCGAAGGACUGCAAACUUUGAGUUAAAGUUUUUUAAGGAGAUUUCGUAAGGUGUCUUUUACGUGGUUAAUUUAAGAAACACGUUUUGCUUACGGAUAGCAGUAUUUUCUAGUUGUAGUUGUGAGGCCGACUUAUAGGAAUCGGAAGGCCGUGAAUAGCUUAUAGUACCCUCCUGUCCAUUAUUAAUGUAGAGUUAAAAAUGUAUAGAGAUGACAAAAUGCUAGUCAAUAUUGAACAUGUCAAUAAAAUUAUUCAAUUCUACUAUCCGUAAACAAAACUGGGCAUAUCUUGAAUAUGGAACCCGGGCUUCACAAGAACUGAACUUAAUGGAUUGAUGCUUUCAUUUUAUCUGUCAAUACGAUUGCUUUUUAUAUUUAUUUUGACAUUUAUCUGCAAUGUUUCAUUCCUUUCAUCUGCCUGUUUCUCUCUUUUUGUCGUCUAAAU